AUGAAAUCGUGUGAGAAGAGAGAGCUGUCAUGAAGUAGAAAAGCUGGGGUUGAAAGGGACUGGACUGCGUGCCCACGAUCACACUACACUGAGGUAGAGUCUCUGGAGGCAGGAGGGAGAGGUCAGGAUGGCAGGUGUUGGGGCGAGUGCCACGGCUAACCCUGCCUGUAAGAUCAUGACCUUCAGACCUACCAUGGAGGAGUUUAAGGACUUCAACCAGUACCUGGUUUAUAUGGAGUCUCAGGGAGCGCAACGUGCAGGACUGGCCAAGGUCAUUCCACCCAAGGACUGGAAGCCACGGCGCAAUUACGAUGAUAUUGAUGAUUUCGUCAUCCAAGCACCUAUUCAGCAGAUGGUGGCUGGGCAAUCAGGACUCUUCACCCAGUACAACAUCCAGAAGAAACCUCUCACUGUGCAAGAGUUCCGCAGACUGGCCAACAGUGACAUGUACUGCACACCUCGCUACCUGAACUAUGAAGAUCUGGAGAGGAAGUACUGGAAGAAUCUGACGUUCGUCUCACCCAUCUAUGGUGCUGAUGUGAGCGGCACGCUCUAUGAUGAGGACAUCGAAGAGUGGAACAUCGGGCACUUGAACUCAAUCUUGGAUGUGAUUGAGGAGGAUUGUGGAGUGUCCAUUCAGGGUGUAAACACACCCUAUCUGUACUUUGGAAUGUGGAAGACCAGCUUCUCCUGGCACACGGAGGACAUGGACCUCUACAGCAUUAACUACCUGCACUUUGGGGAGCCCAAAUCCUGGUAUGCCAUCCCUCCAGAACAUGGGAAGAGAUUGGAGCGUCUUGCUAUAGGUUUCUUUCCUAACAGCUUUAAAAGCUGUGAGGCCUUCAUGAGACACAAGAUGACUCUGAUAUCCCCCUCUGUACUAAAGAAAUACAGCAUACCAUUUGACAAGAUAACACAGGAAGCGGGGGAGUUUAUGAUCACAUUUCCAUAUGGUUACCACGCUGGCUUCAACCACGGCUUUAACUGUGCUGAAUCCACCAAUUUCGCAAGUAUCCGGUGGAUCAAUUAUGGAAAAGUUGCUACGCAGUGUACAUGCAGUAAGGACAUGGUGAAGAUCUCCAUGGAUCCGUUUGUCAGACGAUUCCAGCCGGAUCGCUAUCAGGCUUGGACACAAGGCAAAGACUCAUGUCCAUUGGAUCACACUCUGGCCACACCCAGCACCACACCAGAGCUGCAGAGCUGGCUUCAGAGGCGGCGCAGGAAAGCGCCCUCCACCACAAGUCUCCAUUAUCCACGCACAUCCUCCAAACGACUGAAGACUGUGGACACUGCGCCAGUGAAGGGGGGCAGUCGGAGGAGUAGAGGGGCAGCUUUAACAUCAAACGACAAGGAUAAGGAAGACCCAAUGAAACACCAGAAAGAAUCACAGAACUCAGGCCAAUUAAAAGGGCUCUCUGGUCCAUGUCGGCAAAUGUGUGUUGUUAAAGUAACAAGAGUGGAGAAUGACUUGCUUGCCCACUCCUCUAGACAAGUCAAAGAUGCUUCCCCUGAGCGACUCUCGACCCCUGCCACAUCCAGGCAGAGUGAACCCGAUCCAGGUCACUCAAGCUCCCAGACGUCUUCACAUUUCUAUGAAUGUCAAGUAUCCACAAACGCAAGCUAUACCGCACGGCCUGGACCUGAACCAACCUCAGAGAGUGACGUCACUGUGGAUGUGACUCUGGACUCAGAAAGAACUACUGAAAGUCCUGAUCAAACACUAAACUGUGAAUCUGUCCCAGAAACAAGUGCUCCUUCUAUUCCUGUCACCCAUUCGUCGAGACUUAACUCCACUGGUGCUGCGUUUUUAUUUUCGGAAGCUGAUUCCCAACAAGCUAAAAUUGAAACCGAAGAGGCAGUCACCGAUAUCUUGGCUGAAAGCAGCAUCGAUUGCGGCACAUCAGCACUUUACGAGGAGCAAAGCUCGAUCCGUCUAGACUCGGCUCAGGAUUCAGAAACCUCAGAGAACAGAACAAACCCUGAAAUCCAGACUACUCAGUUUUGUGAGAUGCCUCUUCUAAUGCCUGAGCUCACAGAAGAGAGAGUCAAUCCUCAAUCCCUCGCACCUGAAAUGCCCUCGCUGACUCUCGCUGUCCGACCCGACACUACAAAUCACAGACCUCACAGUCCGAACAACAGUGCACCUGUUCUCCAUCGGGAAAAAUCACACUCGCCUCCUGUUAUAACAGAUGAUGUGGCGACUUGUUCUGAAAGAGCUUGUCACGACUGGCCCUUCGUUGCAUCCCAAGAAGACGUAAACCAAACACAAAACUCAAUCUCAGACAGCUUUAUAGCAAAACCAUUAUCUCCUUCCUUGGUUCAGGAAUGGGAGUCCAAACAGGAAGGACAUGAACACACAUGCCCAUACACAGACCAGAACACUCGAAAUGAGUCCAUUUCGCAGUUUAAAAUCACCACUCACGGUAUUUUGCAAUGUUCUACUGUAGCAGACAUGGAUUUAAUGGACGCUCGAGACUCUGAAAUGACCGAUAACUCGGUAGAAAGAAGUCUUGAAGAGCAGUCAAGCUCUCUCACAUCCUUCCAGGGCUCCUUCAUGGAGUCCAAAACCUUCACCAUUUGGAACAACCUCAGCUCCCAGAAUCCCGCAGUGCUCAUUGAGAGCUUGCAGCCCGAGCUGGUAGUGGGUCUUACCACAGGUGGGAGCAGUCUCACAAACUAUGCUCAUGACUCGCUGCCCUACACCAUGUGGUCCGAAUCGGGGUGCCAACAAGAUAAGUUCCCUGAUUCCCCAAACUCUUCAUCAUGCACUCAGACAUGGACCAACCUGGAGCCCAUUCCCAUGCAGUGCUCUGGUGCAGACAUGGCUCCAAAUGCACCCCCAGAUCUGAAGCAGCAGAGCGUGGAGUUGGAACCAGUUAAAGCUUGUGUGCUCGGUGAGCAGGCAGGCUCUCAGGAACCUCAGGAGGAAGAGUUCAAAGGUCAGGAGUAUUACGAAUGUGCGAAGUCAGAGCAUGAUGGGUCUGUGAGCGACUCUGAUUCGUGUGAAUCAGGAGAUAAAGGUGCUGACAGCAGCAGUGAAUCCAGUGAAGAGAAUGCCAUGAGUGACCCUGAGUAUGUGGAAACGGGCCUGGAGCCUGGGGAAGUCUGUACAUAUCAUACGCAAACUGUUAAGAAGACAACCAAGAGCUGGCGUCACCCCCUCAGAAAGCCCACGGCAAGAGCAGUGCCAAGUGCUGUGAAACAGCAGGCUGCCAGCGAUGAUGAGACUAUAGAGGAGUGUGCGACUAAUGAAGAGGAGCCGGAAACUGAGGAAUGGGCAAAGCCUUUAGUGCAUCUGUGGCAACACCGAAAAGCUCAUCUUCAGUAUGAACGAGAGUACAACACGACUGCAGCUAAAAGCGCUCCACACUGUGCUGUCUGCACCCUUUUUAUGCCAUACUGUCAGCCUGAUAAUUUAGAUGAGAGAAGGCACGAUGUCUUGACGAGUACUGCCACAGAGUCUCAGGCAUCAUGUACUCAGGAGGCGAGCUUGAGAUCACGACCUCUGAUCCCUGAAAUUUGCUUUGCGUACCAGGAGGGCCCAUGUCCCUUGAACACACUGCUGGAGGAGGAUGGAUCCAGUCCUCUUGUGGCCUGCAGUAGCUGCUGUGUUCAAGUUCAUGCCAGUUGCUACGGUGUUGCUGCUCAUGAUGUCGGCCCGGUGUGGACAUGUGACCGAUGUGUGAGCGGAGACCUGGCAGCUGGAUGCUCUUUGUGUAACCUGAGGGGAGGUGCGUUAAAAAGAACCUCAGAUGACAGAUGGGCGCAUGUGAUGUGUGCUGUGGGUCUCCCUGAGGUGAAGUUCAUUGAUGUGGUGAAGAGAGCUCCUAUUGACAUCAGUGCUAUACCUGUUCAGAGAUAUAAACUGAAGUGUAUAUAUUGCCGGAAUAGGAUAAAGAGGCUGUCUGGCGCGUGUAUUCAGUGCUCAUGUGGUCGUUGCCCAACCUCUUUCCAUGUCACCUGUGCACACGCAGCUGGAGUUCCCAUGGAGCCUGAUGAUUGGCCGUAUGUGGUUUUCAUCACCUGUCACAGGCACCAGUCACGGAGCUCCAGUGCUAAAUUGAAAGUUAGCAAAAGUGAAUUAGAAGUGGGCCAGACGGUGAUCUCCAAACACAAAAAUCUUCGUUACUACAGCUCACGUGUUACGCAGGUCACGGCCCAAACAUUCUAUGAGGUCAUGUUCGAUGAUGGCUCAUUCAGCAAUGAUACAUUCCCUGAAGACAUUGUGAGCAGAGAUUGUUCCCAGCUUGGGCCUCCUGAAAUGGGGGAUGCUGUUCAGGUGAAGUGGCCCGAUGGACUUUUUUAUGGAGCCAAGUACCUUGGCUCUAACACUUCAUAUAUGUACCAGGUGGAAUUUGAAGAUGGAUCCCAAGUAUUGGCGAAGAGAGAGGACAUUUACACACUGGAUGAAGACCUGCCCAAAAAGGUCAAAGGUCGUUUGUCCACGGCGUCCAGCAUGCGUUUCCAGGAUGCGUUCUUCACCACACAAGGUGAAAGGAAAAGGCGACGCACACCGAAUUCUCGCUUCCAGACGGAUUAUAUCGCACAUAUAAGCCCUCGAACCUUCGCCAGGAUCUCAGAGACACACAGUAAAGCCAACUAAUGGAGGAAUGCAGA